AUGUCAAUAUCUCAGCUACCACAAGCGACUGUUCGUCAGCUUGGCUCCUCUGUCGUCAUCCCAUCUCCUGUGUCACUUGUCAAGGAACUCGUAGACAAUGCUAUUGACGCCAAUGCAAACCAUAUCGAGAUCAGAACUUCCGCAAACGCAAUAGACAAAAUCCAGGUCAGAGACAACGGUCACGGUAUUAGCUCAGAGGACUACGAUGCUCUUGGACGCCGGUCCCACACCAGUAAGCUUCGGACUUUCGAGGAGCUUCAAUGCAAGGGAGGCCAAACACUCGGCUUCCGCGGCGAUGCCUUGGCAAGCGUAAAUGCCGUCUCGAAGCUUACCAUCACGACUAGAACGACCCGUGAUCCAGUGGCGGUCUUGCUGGUACUAAACCCCAAGGGCGGUGGAUUUACGGAUAAGAAGCAUGUUGCGGGCUCCGUUGGGACUACCGUCGACGUCUCGGACUUGUUUGCCAACAUUCCGGUUCGCAGGCAACAAAUUCUGAAGGAGAGCAAGAAAACAUACGCACAGAUCAAGGACCUCCUACAGAAGACGUUCAGCGGAACCACUCCUGCGAUCUCAGCAGCGAAACCGGGAAGACCAGACACACCAGCAUCCGUCAUGAGACUCGAAGCUUUUCUCCCGAGAGCUGAUGCCGAUCCUUUGAAAGUGUCUGGCAAAGGUUACUUCAUUUCCGUUGACUCGAGACCUAUGGCCACCGCAGGGGGCACGAUGAAGAAACUUGUCGAUAUUUACAAAAAACACCUGCGCGGCUGCGUCGUUCUUGACAAUUCUUCCAAGUCCAUUCCCAAGCCCUUCAUACGCUUGAAUGUCGAAUGCAGGCUCGGAAGCUACGACCCCAACGUAACCACGGCCAAAGACGAGGUCAUCUUUGCAAACGAGCCAAAAUUACUGUCCCUAUUCGAAGACAUGUGCAAGGAGAUAUACCGAGCAACCGAGCCCGACAUAACAGCUGAAGUGGUCACGGAAAGUCACCAAGGUGCAUACGAGCGAGCUAGACAUAAAAGUCCGGAUCUUCUUCCAGACGACGACGAAGAGAACUAUGACCUCCUGCAAGAAUUGGUCUCGGUCGACGGGAAGAGUCAGGAAAGAGUACUGACCGGCCUGGGUUCCCCUGAAAGUGGACAGCAGCUGCCAGAACCCCCCGAUAGAGAGCAUUCACACGGUCGUAAAGCCGUGCCUGGGGUGGUGGAAGAUCUGAGUUGUCCCGCUUCUGUGGAUCACAGCUCAAUAGAUAUCGAGUACAGCACUGUCAUAAACAGUUCCCCUUCCUCAGACCCAGGGCAAGCACGAAUUGGCCGAGGAGAUGAGGCGGAUACUCAGGAGGCAGUGCUCACCCAAACCCUCCUUCGGACUGGCUGGGAAGUGAAUAUGGCUAGAGACGAGACUGCCAGUCCCGAGGGUCAAACGCAGCUGGUUCUUCUGGGGCCUCCCAGCACUGACGUACACGAGCUCAUCCAGUCACAAGUGGAACAGCAGACACAAAGAGAGGAACCAAACCCGUGGUCUUUGGCCAGGAAGGCGGCAGCAAACCAUUCGGCUCGCCGCGAAAAUAUAUCUGGCCUCCAAUACACGGGCGAACAAAGGGACGGCGAUACAACUCCUCGCCAGCAAGGCCAUGCCCCCAAUUUAGCAGAUACUAUGCAAGAAGCCGAUGAAGUAGUCAGCCAAGAGAUCGAAGAUCGAAAAUUUUCUCGUCAGCAGAAAUUUCAACCCCAUUGGGUACCUGCAGCAGCAAGGGAGGGUAUUUACGAACCAGAUACCUUGAAACCACCGAUACUACAACACCCUACCGCCCCACCGACAAGUCAUCAGAUUCCAAGACACCGGGAACAGCGAAGAAUUCCAAGAGAUGAGGAGGCAUUCCAUUCAUCUUUUACUGGACACGAAAUCGAAGACCUGGAAAUAAUACCGCAGAGGGGCCCAGGUGUUCGCCAACGCAUCGGUGCCAAGACGUCGUAUCCCUUUGCGGAUCUUGACGAGAGUAGUGUGCUUGGCACGCCUCCUCCGUCUUCCAGUCCAUUGCGAAUGCCAUUCCGAGUACCUGCCCGCAUUGAACAAGGUAGCAACCGUCAUGGACGACAGGCAUCGCUGAGGCCUGCCCAGGCUGCUCGGAGAUUUGAGCCUCGUAGGGCAGACGGACUGAGACAAAGCAAGCUUGCCGUUAACACACGAAGAGAUAUACAGCACCCGGAGCUCAAGGAUACAUCAGGAUUUUGCUUUCCUUCAAUUGAGUCCAGAAGAGAUAAUUACAAUGAUGAUGUCGAAGAGACGAGGAAGUCAAAGCAUCGGUAUAAGCAAGCCAGCCCAGAUCCAAACGAGAGGCAGAUGUUGGAGAGAUUGAACGCUCUACGCCACAGAACUGAAGACGUGUAUGUCGAAAUUGCAGGUGAAGAACGCGGAAGAUCACUCUCACGGAGAGCUACAACCACCCUGCCAGAUAUGUCUCCGCGAAGAUACCUGAAGAAGAGACUGGCAUCUAGGUCCAGGUCGAGAACCAAGAUACACAAGAGAAUGAGAUCUGAGAUGCUUCCAUUUGAGAAGCUUUUCUCUGAGCCUCACACCCAAACACACUCACUUGCACUUGAUCUACAAGAUUUGCGGCAGGAGGUUGCCAAUGCGUCUGAUUUUGAUCUUUACAUCUCCAGAGGCAUCCAGGAAGUGGCGUUUCACAUGGGUAGGAAUGAAAUGGAGAAUAUCAGCAACAAGCUUCAAGAAAUUGUGUGCGCCUGGGUGUAUGAGAAGCAUGGAGUUGAGGUGGAGCUCGAGGUUGAUAUUGGUGCAUUGUGCGAUGGAGAAGACAUAGGAGUAUAG